AUGAAUGGCUCGUGGCUGGAUCCGUUAGACCCGGAUGUCUUCGAGAAGUGGCCCGACGUGCGACGCGCCACGCCGUACACGGCUGUGGUGGAGCGGGGUGAGACAAUAGUGGCACCGAAAGGCUGGUGGCACUAUGCCGUGUCACUAGACACUUCGGUGACGAUUAUGAGGAAUUUCUACAGCACGAGCAACCAGUGGGACCUGAUCCAGCGCAAGGAUAGUGGCCUGGCAAGUGCUAUUGCAACACAUGUUCUCCGGAAGCAGCCAAAGCUCAAGAAUCAGCCCGACUCGGUCAUAAACGAUAUCGCGACCAAGACGGUUCACAAGCUUCGUGAAACCUUCAUCGAGAAUCGCCGGAAAGCGGCACAGCAACAAUCCGGAUACCUCAAAUGA